AGGCGGCCAUUUUGUUUUCAUUUAUCAAGACUAAUUUUUAUUUUGCAUGCGAGAAUUAUUGAUUAUUCUACUCAGAAGACAGCAUCGUGUGUCAUGAUUCGACAAAUGGGUUUCUAAGUCUAUUAAACAGUCUGUGGCCAGUGAUACUGAGGAUAUCAUAUGUGAAAGAUGAGCGCAAUUACAGGAAUAAGCCAAAUAAGCUCAGUUACCCUGAGUUCAGCAGAACAAGCUCAGCAGGCUCCACCAGCAGAACUUCCCAAGGCAAGCGAGGACUGCAUUCUGUUCUUGGAAAAUAUAGAUGAUGACGACUACAAGUACCUUAUGUUUGGUGACUCACUGGUGACAGUGUCUGAUACCGGCCGGGAGCUGGGAGAGUUCACCGUCACCAUAGAGCCAGUGAAGCGGGAUGAGCAGCACGUAUUUCUGAUUCAUGCUAACAGCCACGGUGCCAUAGAUGGCGUGCCGUGUGGGACGUCCAUCACGGCAUAUGUUUCUAAGAAACUGGAGACCAUAGAGCAGCAGCACCAUGAAUAUGUGAAGUUGGAGAAUCAUCCUUUAGACAGAAAAACAUUUAUAGUGAAGCAAGAUGAUGGGUUUGUUAUCAACAGGGUCAUCACACAAGGGGAGGAUGUCCAGAGAACAGCACAAACUUACAAAUUUGACGACAUGGCAGGGUUUAUAUCUGAAGGCUCCAACCUGCUCCUCCAGAGACUGUUUAUCAAGAAGGGAGUUCCAGACCUGUUUGAAUGUUUAUCAUUUGACUCGGACCUGAACCUGUGCACUGCACCCUAUAGAGCCUUAGAGGAGAGGAAGCAGAUAGUGGAUAACCAAGACAUUGUGGUUCAUGGCAUUGAGAGGACCAUUAACUCUAUCAGUGAUCUGCCUACAACAUGGCAGUCCUACUUUACCAAAGAUGGACAUUUGACAAACCGUGUGCAGGUUGGAUCUCCAGUCACCAUGAGGUUAACUAGAGUCCCCACACCUAUAGAACCUGAUGAGGAACCAGAGAAGCCAACAUUUGGCAAGCAGCCUCUGAACUGGGAGGAAGACAUGGAGAUGUAUUCUAAAUUCCUGGACAGAAAGGAGCAGCUGGUGAAUGAUCAUACUGUUUACAUGAAGAAGCAUCCAGAGCUCAAGGCUCUCCUGGCAGACUUUACACAAUUCUUGUUGCUACGGAAACCUGAUGACGUCAUAUCAUUUGCUGCGGACUAUUUCUCCUCUUUCUCCACCACUAUGAAGUCAGCUUCUCCGUAUCUGAAGUCUGCAGAACCCACCAUGUUCCCGAUGAGCAGGACAAAUACUAAAAUUGAGAAACUAGCACAAGUCAAGGCAUCUGGAAAUUUGUAAAAAAAAAUAUUCGAUUUAAAUGAUUUAGCUUGAAGCUUUGGGGAAACAGUUAACAGUAAAUUAUAGAUAUUCAAGAAUGUGACAUCUUGAUAUAAGCCAUGACAACAGAAGGUCAUAGUAUCAUUAAGUUUUAGUACGGCGACUUCAUAAACGUAAUGAACAGUGUUAUGACCUCGUGAUGAAUGUGCGAGCACCGACUUCAUAAAUGUGGUGUUGUACCUGGUGACUUGCACCACUGUUGUUAUGGAGAUGGGUGUGACGUAAUAUAUAUGAAGUUGUAUGACGUACUUAAAAUGACAAUUUGAUCUUGUAUGAAAUGGUCAAAAACAUACCUAGAUGAAAAUGUCUGAAUUGCGAAAUGUGAAAAAAAGUUGAAAAAAAAUUUGGAAAAGAAGAAAAUGACUGAUUUCCCGGGCUACCUGUCUGAACUCUCGUAGGCGGCGCUGUGUUCAUAUAAGCCUUCAGUGGAUUUGAAGUCGAGAGAACAGUGGCGGUUCUAGAGCUUCAUUGACUUUCACGACCCCGACUGCGGACUUUGAAUACAUUGUAAGGCUUCUGUUGUCGUGACCGAAUUCUAACACUGAUGUGUUCAUUGGAAAUUAUGAAUACUUUUAGAUCCUCUUUUUAACCUAGCAAAUUUGCA